GUUUUUGCAAAAUUGCAGAGCGAUCCUUACUGUUUAGUGCCACUACUGUGCUUUCUAUGGGUUACAAUUUUUUCGUUUAAUUAUUAUUUUCGUCGAAACAGGGAUGUUGAAUGUCAAAGGUAUGCUUCUGACUCAUUUGUUUCCUUUUAUUAUUGUUUGAAGGCUCAACUUCCUAGGCACCAAUUACGUACAGGUCGCAAUCUGCAAAACCCAUUCACAUCACUUUUCAUAGCUGUCUGCUAUGCUAGCAUAUUUCUCAAAACUACAAGCAUUACUAUAUUUGUAUCUAUGCUCGUUGAGCGUUUUAUCGCCUCGUACUAUAUCGAUGAUUAUGAGAAGAAAUCACGCCUAUGGGUAGCCAUUUUGGCGCUGCUUUCAUCAUGUCUUAUAUCUGCUUGCUUCACAACUCCACUUAUCUUUGUGGCGCUGUUUUCGAUUGGCAUUUGUAUUAUAUUCUCCAUAGUGUUCGUCGCUUUGUAUCGACGCGAUCAUCGACGUCUCAACGACUUUGUUAUGAAGGAUCCUCUUUGUUAUGAACUUAGCACCAGAUUUCAACUUGUCGAAAAUCUUCGUGUUUUAAAGGUAUGCAUGGUCUCAGCCCGUAUAGGCUGA